GAAAAAAAGAGAAUCAAACUGUCCGUGAGUGUUUAGAGGAGAGUUUAACAGCCUUUGUGUCCGGGAUAAAGCCGGUGGUGGUGACACUGUGCUGCACGCAGGCUGUCAGCUGUGUGUGUGUGUGUGUGUGUUUGUCUGUGUGCGUGUGUGUCUGUGUUUUUAUCAGGACAGAGUUUGCUAACUAAGUGUUUGGCAUGUCGCACACUGCCGCCGCUUCAUCACCUCCACCCUGUUGAUUUAUUUAAUUAUGAGCACGCCGAACAAAUCAGCAGAGAGACGAAAUUUCUCCAAAAAUAAGCUGGAUAAGCUAUUAAAGGAGAGAAAAAGCACCUUCCCAAUGCUGAUCAAGACGUCACGACCAGAGGCCUUCCCUCACCCUCACAGAAUCACAUCAGAAGGCAACCGUCUCGGAUCAAACCGGCCAUGCUCACAGAAGUUUGGACCAGGUGUUGGGACCUUACCUCAGCUUGAGCCACCGGUGGUGCAGGUGGUGGUCAGCAAUGCUAAAAACCAACACCAGCAGUCGGAAAACAUCCUUCCCCAGAUUGCUAUUAAAGGGGGUCAAAACAACUUCCAGACUCACCCGGACGAGAGGCCGAAGCCCACCCAGCAGUAUACCAUGCGCUUUGGAUCAACAAUGGACAAAGUUUCAGUCUCCCGCAACAGCAAGAUUAUCAGCAACAAGCUGGAGAAGGAGAAGUCAUACGAGGGACAGAGGUUACCGAUGUCACCCACAGAGGCACUGAAGAACUUCCAAGAUCGACUGACGGAGUUCGAGCAGGAGGAAAUCAUGGACUACGCUGAGAUCUGGUACCUGGGUCUGGGUUCUCAGAAGAUCGAGGCUUCUCAAGGUUCACCGCAGAACUCUGGAUAUGACGACGAGCAUGGAAGCUACAUCAGGGUGCUGCAUGACCACAUUGCCUACAGGUUUGAAGUGCUGGAAGUGAUCGGGAAGGGCUCGUUUGGGCAGGUCCUGAAAUGUCUAGACCACAAGACAAACGAGCUUGUAGCCAUUAAGAUGAUCCGCAACAAGAAAAGGUUUCAUCACCAAGCUCUGGUGGAGCUGAAGAUCCUGGAUGUGAUAAAGAGGAAAGACAAAGACAACCUGCAUAAUGUCAUCCACAUGAAGGAGUACUUCUACUUCAGGAAUCACCUGUGCAUCUCCUUUGAGCUCCUCGGGGUGAACUUAUACGAGCUCAUCAAAAAAAACAACUUCCAGGGCUUCAGUCUGGCUCUCAUCCGCCGCUUCACUCACGCCCUCCUGAGGUGCCUACAGAUGUUGCACAGGGAGAAGAUCAUCCACUGUGACCUCAAACCGGAGAACAUCCUCCUGUCUCAGAGAGGGCCAGGAAACAUCAAGGUGGUCGACUUUGGAUCAAGCUGCUACGAACAACAAAGAGUUUACACCUACAUCCAGAGUCGCUUCUACCGCUCUCCAGAGGUCAUCCUCGGUCACAACUACAGCAUGGCCAUUGAUAUGUGGAGUCUGGGGUGCAUCCUCGCUGAGCUCUACACGGGCUAUCCCCUCUUCCCAGGAGAGAGUGAAGUAGAGCAGAUAGCUUGCAUCAUGGAGGUUCUUGGGUUGCCUCCGAAUGAUUUUGCUCAGUCUGCAUCAAGGAGGAGGCUCUUCUUCGACUCAAAGGGAAACCCUAGAAACAUCACCAACAGCAAGGGGAAGAAGAGGAGGCCCAACUCAAAGGAGCUGUCUGCUGCACUGAAAACUAAUGAUGCUCUGUUCUUAGACUUCAUCAAACGCUGCCUCACCUGGGAUCCAACCAAGCGUAUGACCCCUGAUGAGGGGCUGCAGCACGAGUGGAUCCUGGAGGGAAAUUUCAACAAAAUCAGGCCGAGAACCAGGCCAGCAGUGAAGAAGACCUCAGACAGCUCCACAAGCACAGACAACAGCAGUGACUACACUCUGCACAAACAAGUUAACAGCAAGCCUGCAGAGAAAGCCAGCUCAGAGAACAGCAUGAAUGACAAGCUGAAGAGGGACACUUCAUCAACAGGAACAAAGAUGACCCCCGCUGAGCGUCUGCGGCCCAUCGGAGCCUCAGCUGAGGAGGAAGUGUGUGAGAGUGAGGGUAAACUCUCCUCCGACAGUCAGCAGCAAGAGUUUGGAGGAGGAGGAGAGAGGCCUGUUCACAUCAUCAUCAGACCUCAAGAGGGACCGGGCUCAGAGAGACAAGAUAGCCAGGAGUCGUCUCAGUGUUUACCCCCAAUCAUGUAACAGUGAAGGGGACUGUGCUGCAUUCAUGACAAUUAGGAAAUCUGGUUACUCAGACUCUGUUUUCCACUUCCAACCCAUGAGAAAGUGAGUCACUGAAGUGGAAGCGACUUAGAGAAAGUUUUGUUUUGUCCUGCUCACACUGGAAAUGUAAAGAUAUUUGCUAUAAAUACUGCCAUGUUGGUUCUUUGGCCUCACAAGAUCUCAAGAGACAUGUGAGGUGAGCUAAACCCAAGUCUGUAGUUUCUGAGUUUCUGAGAUCAAGUGGAUGAUGACAGAAACAAACCAGUUCCUAACACUGAGAUUCAGCAGAGUCGGACCUCCUCUAUUUAUUGUUUAUGCAGUCUUAGUGUUUUAUUUUCUUUUGAGCUGGUAUGAUAGUGAAUCAUCAACCAGUGGUUCAUUUUUAGAUACAGCAGUUGAGAUUGUGGUUACAGGUAGGUGUUUUCUUUAAAUGUGUCUGGAUUAAGAUAUUACACUCAUAUUGAAGCCAGAUCAAAAGAUUUUAAACUUCUUCAUAACACAGAACAAAGAUCUUCUUCCCAGUGUCUCCUGUUAUCAAUCAAGUCUUUGCUGAGCAUUGCAUCUUUGAAAACAGAUCAUUUUUCACACUCCACAGUUUUUUACAGUUUCCAUGUUAGAGAAAUAAUUUGACUUUAGAAAGUGCAUGUGUAGAAAACUGACUGACGUCUUUGUUUAUGCUUUACCACCUUUCUUUUUCUUUAAGACAUUUUAGCAUUAUUUUAAUAAUGGUGAUAUGAAAUAUGUGUGCAAUACAGGCUGAGCCAAAAAUGUUUUUUUAACAAGUGAUCAAAGAAAAAAUUGUUAUAUUGUUUCAAGUGUAGGAUGUAGUCGGUGAUCAUAAAUGAGUUCACUUAUUUAUUAUGUAAUAUGUUUCAUAUUUGUUCCUUGAUUUACUUCAAUAGGCAUAAAAUAUGACUUUGUAAUAGAGUAUAUUGUAUAUAUUUCUGCUCUGAUUUCCUAUGUACGUGUAUAAGAAACAUAUUUUAAGAAAAUAUUUCAGAUAUUUGUCGAGGGGUUAGACAAGGUUCUACUUGUUGUGAUGUUUCUCUAUGAAAUCAUUUUGUAUGUCUGUGUUAUUCAUAUUUUUUAUAUUAGAAACAAACAGACAAUCCUUUUAUUGAUAGUUUGUGCCUUUCAGUAUUAGAAAUGUUGCACUUUACUAUCGUGUGUGCACACUUUGUUGGGUUUUUUGGGUACAGACGACCCUGCCAGGAUCCCUUCAUUGAACAGAUUGAUGUCUCCUCUAAAUUACUGUUGCAUAGCAAAAUGAAGAAAAAUGUUCUAACAAUGAUCAUCUUUUUAUUAUUGAUAAAUGUUUUUAGGUGUCAGCAGAGAUCCAAUCAACAAUUGAAGACAGAGUCACUCUUACUGUAAGCUUAGCAGCCAGAGAUACUGAGAGGAUGGAUGUAGCUAAAAUGAGAAAAGUAAAAAAAAAACAUUUUUAUGUCUCUUUUGAUUAAAUAAAAAUCUGUUUCAAAUA